AUGAUCGGAGCUAUGGAAAUCGAGGUUACCAGAGCAAGGGAGCUCUUGCCGGAGUACGGUCCAGGAGGCGGCGUCAUUUUUGAGAGCUCUUGCGACAGUCAGACUUACAGAGAAAGCCAAAAUAAAAAAAUAAAUCAAUAUACCUUAAUUCGCGUAUUAUUUGAUUUCUUUCGCGCUUCAGUCUCCGCUGGUUCUUCUGCUCUCUGUCUGCUCGAGCUGUUUGGCCGGCGCGCCACGACUGAAGCCGAGCUACAUCUGAGUCCGCCACUGGCCCAAGCUUGGUUAAGAGCUGCCUGGUUUGAAAUGGAGCUCGAGAUUAUUGAAGCGGAAAUGGUGUUACCGACUCACAUGAAAUUUAAGAAGACUCAAAUGUAUGAAAAGUACCCAAAGGGCCAAGCCAGAGCCAGGUGGAAACAUCUCAAGCAGAUUAUUCAAGCUGAGAAUUACCAAAAUUAUCCUCCUAACGAACCAAAUUAUGUUAACAUUGAGUCACCACCAUCAAUGCAUCCAUGUAAAAGAAUAUGCGAUAUCACUGGCUAUGAGGCGCUUUACUUUGAUCCAAGAACAAACCUACGUUAUGCUAAUGCAGAGAUCUUCAGGACAAUUAGGUCUCUUCCGAAUGAUUAUGUCCAAAGAUAUUUGUCUCUUAGAAAUGCUGCUGUCGUACUGAGAUAAUAAACUUUUGGAUCACUUACGAAAAUUAUACGGAGUUGUAAUUAUUUAAAUUUUAUAAAUUGGAUGUGUUAGGUCUUGGGGCAUAUAAUAUUAUGUCUUCCACAUUCAAGAGGUGAACCAUAUUUCAGUAAGCUCUAAGCAUCCUUAUCUUGGUUGCCUGGGAUUUUGUUUAUUUAUUUGUGAUAUUGCUUAUCCUAUGUAUAAACAAUAAUGUUGUUGUUUGUCGAACUUAAUGGUUAUGUAGGAAAAAUUUGAGUGAGAAUACACUAAAUUCCGCUUUCCUUUCCAUAGUAUACACGUGUUAAUAAAUAGCAGAAAAUUAGUUAUGUUGGGAAAUUUGAGUAAGAAGAGUGUUAAUUUGUCUAAUUGUUAUAGCAGAAAAUUUGCAUACCAUACACCUUGAGUAUGCGAUUAAAAGAUGUCCAUUAACUGAGGAUUUGUUUGCUAAUAUAGCAUAAAGUUUGCACCUUGAGUAUGUGAUUGAAAGUUCAUGAACUGAAGUACUAGAAAAUUAAUACGCUAUACAUAUUGGGUAUGUGAAUAAAAAAUCACUAGAUAUAAUUAAAAUAUCACAAGAUUUUUGAGAAUUCAUUUUAAUAUAAAUAACAAGUGACUGGUAGGCAUAUUUUAAUAUAACUAUGGUGAUAGGUCAUCAAGUUGAGAAUUCAUUUCCUAAGGGCGUGAUUGUUUAUAUUUUCUACAGU